CGGCGGCGGCGGCGGCAGCUCCGGCUCCCGCGGAGGAGGGGCAGGGGCAGGGGCAGGGGCUGCUCCAUGGGGAGGAAGGGCAGCCCGCGGGCCCCCCAGGCGGAGGGGGGAUGCGGGGCCGCCCGCCCCUCCCUCCUGUGGGCCCUGCCCGAGGAGCUGCUGCUGCUCAUCUGCUCCUACCUGGACGCGCGGGCCCUGGGCCGGCUGGGCCAGGUCUGCCGGCGGCUGCGCGCCUUCGCCGGCCGGGACCCGCUCUGGAGGCGCAUAGCCCGCGGCUGCCUCAACUCCGGCUUCACGCGGCUCGGCGCCGACCUAGCGGCUGGCAUUCCAGUGAAGGAAAGGGUGAAGGUCUCUCAGAACUGGAGGCGCGGGCGCUGCCGGAGGGAAACGCUCCUGAAAUGGAAACGCAACCUGAUGCCCUGGAUGCAUUUAGAUGGCGAGUAUCUCUACCUGUCCCAGGCAGAAGACAUCCGGGCCUAUCGGUUUCGUCCAGACAGUGCUGGCCUACAACGCCAUCCUCAAGCCAUCUUCUCCGGCCACCAGGAAGAUGUGUGUCGAUUCGUUCUUGCCAGCUCCCACAUCGUCAGUGGAGGAGGCGAUGGAAAUAUCGUCCUCUCUAAAGUCCACAGCUCCUUCAGCAUAAAGUUCUCUGCACACGAACAGGAGGUGAACUGUGUGGAUUGUCAAGGGGGCAUUAUUGUGAGCGGCUCCCGGGACAGAACAGCAAAGGUUUGGUCCCUGUCCUCUGGCAGAGCUGGGCAUUGUUUACACACGGUGCAGACUGAGGACCGGGUCUGGUCCAUCGCCAUUAGUCCAUUAUUAAGUUCCUUCGUGACUGGGACAGCUUGCUGUGGACACACAUCUCCUCUGAGAAUCUGGGACUUAGAGAGUGGGCAGCUGGCGACCUGCUUAGGGACUGAUUUCCACCGAGGAGCCGGAGUCCUGGACAUCGUCUAUGAAACGCCGUUCACUCUCCUGUCCUGCGGCUACGACACCUACAUCCGGUCCUGGGAUCUGCGCAUGAGCACGAGGAAGUGUGUCAUGGAGUGGGAGGAGCCCCACGACAGUGCCCUGUACUGCGUGAGGAGUGACGGGAAUCACAUGAUUGCAAGUGGCUCUGCCUAUUACGGCGUGGUGCGGCUCUGGGACAAACGGCAGAGCAGGUGUUUGCAGUUCAGGUUGGUUUGGUUUUCUUUCCUGCGGACGCAGUGUGUGUGAUGGUAACGGGUCGGCCGGGAGAGCCGCACAGACGUUCCCGUCAGCUGGGCAGCGCUGCUCCCGGGCGUCUGAGCAGUGCAGAACGAAUCUAGGACUGAGUGUGCAAUGCAUUUGAUUUGGGAGCGGGGCAGAGCCUUGAACAACCAGGAGCAGCCAACCUUGUACCUGCCCCUGCUGUCCUGACUGCUCUUUAUUACGGCCUCCGAAACAGAGAACGGGAAUCGAUCCGGGAGCUGAAACCUCGGCAGGCUCUGGCUGAAUCCUGCCAAAGCUCGGCUCUGCCUGCCGGCUAACGGGACUGGCAUGCGCGGUCGGUUGGGUUGGGGCAGUUUCAGUUUGCUAAAUAAAAUGCUAAAGGGAAAUGGAAGAAGGGUUCCUGACUCUUGCUAGCGCUGGUUCGGGACGGUGCUAAUGCUGAUCACGGGGCAGGAAAGGGGCUCACAGAAUCCUGCCCUUGGGCCUUCAUGGGGAGAUGAGGCAAAAACUGAUGUUGGAUGUUUUGUCAAGCCCUUAAUCUUCCCCUAACCUCUACAAGCCUGCUCCUGCAACCCGGAGUGGGGCAAGCAGUGCCAUUGAAAUGGCCAGCUCUGCUCUCUUGCACAGGGCGUGCAGAACCUGCCAGGCUGGGACAUCUUCCUAAACAAAGCUUUGCCAUUCACCUUCAAAGCUGGUCCCUGCUGGUCCCUGCCUGGAGCUGGAUGGGGUACAGGAGAGACUUACCCUGUUACCUGCUCUGCCUUGAAGCUGUUUGGCCUCCCUGGCCUUGUGGGAACUACAGCAGCAAAUCCGAUUUCUCCAAAGGUAGGGCCUCAUGGGCAGCUUAUCAGGAGCCCGGGGCCACACCUAAGUGGUGUCAGAUGGAGCAGAUCACAGAUGCCCUAACUGGGACUAAAGCUGCAUCUUACAAAGACUACAGGUUCCAGCAUGCAUUGCUCUGUCUUUAAGUAGCUGGAGCACUGCAUGCUGGGACCUGUCUCUGGGAGCGGCACCUCUGCAUUCAAGUUGAGGGUGCUCUUGGGCUGCACUGGUCUGUACUUUUGGGGUAUCCCUGACGUGAAGGAGGAGAAGCCUGCUAAGCUUCAUGCUGUGAUCAGCUGAGCCAAGCUCCUGUGCGAGACACCUCUCGUGGUCUCGCUGGUUUGUGAUACUGUAGGUGAAUAAAACUCCUCCCCUGCG